UGGAGGAGUGUAGAGGGCUGAUGGAUAAGGAGAUGCGUAUUGAUGGAGGUGAGGGAUGAGGAGGUGCGUGUCUGAUCCACGGCUAGGGGACGGAGGAGAGGAGGAGGCGGCGUGAUGGUUCAGCUCCGCGGCUUUUACGCAUCCCCUCUGGUUGCGCCUCCAUCCGACCACCGCUAACAGGACUGCUCCAGGAUGUCUGCGAACCAUUCUCUGUGGGUUUCCACUCCAUCGUAUCCAGUCCACAGUGACUCUUUGUUGAACUCUUCAUCUUCUCCUCCUCCUCUCUGGGAAGCUCCAUCCUUCACUGUGGCCGCUCGUUGCCGUGUUGCUGCCACCCUGGUGCUGUUCAUCUUUGCCGCCUUCAGUAACCUGUCAGUCCUGGUCAGUGUGUGCUGGGGGCGGGGCUACCGUCUGGCCGCUCACCUGCGGCCACUCAUCGCCAGCCUGGCGUCAGCUGACCUGGUCAUGACCUUUGUGGUGAUGCCCCUGGACGCCAUAUGGAACAUCACAGUGCAGUGGUACGCUGGGGACGUCAUGUGUAAGCUACUGUGUUUCCUGAAGCUGUUUGCCAUGCACUCGGCAGCGUUCAUCCUGGUGGUGGUAAGUCUGGACCGGUACCGGGCCAUCCUCCAUCCCCUGGACUCACUGGAUGCUGGGCUCAGGAACAGACGGAUGCUCCUGGUGGCCUGGAUCCUCAGUCUGCUGCUGGCAUCUCCACAGCUGCUCAUUUUUCGGGCCAUUAAAGCUGAUGGGAUGGACUUCACUCAGUGUGUGACCCAUGGGAGUUUCCAACAUCGCUGGCAGGAGACGGCAUACAACAUGUUUCACUUUGUGACGCUGUAUGUCUUCCCUCUGCUUGUCAUGACUUUCUGCUACACCCGCAUCCUCGCCAAGAUCAAUGGGCAGAUGCACAAGAGCAAAGAUGGGGAGCAGUGCCUGAGGCGCAGUGGAACAGACAUGAUACCAAAGGCUCGGAUGAAGACCCUCAAGAUGACCAUAGUGAUUGUCAGCUCCUUUGUCAUCUGCUGGACGCCCUACUACCUCCUGGGGAUUUGGUACUGGUUCCAACCUGCCAUGAUAAAGCACACACCAGAGUAUGUGCAUCACAUAUUGUUUAUUUUCGGCAACCUGAACACAUGCUGCGACCCGGUCAUCUACGGCUUCUACACGCCUUCUUUCCGGGCUGACCUCGCUGACGUAGUGGCAUACUGCUGUGGCCGAAGAAACAACAACGCUUCACCCCGGUCUGUGGAUCGCCUGUCGGGUCGAAGUGGUGGAGCCCCUGGAGAGAUGGAGUCUGACCUGAGUUCCAAUCAGCACAGUGGGAAUCCAGGAUAGACGAUGGAUGAAUUAGCAGUUUAAUACUUAAAGGGAUCCUAGGAGGUGUUAGUGCACAAUGAGGAGGGUGUUAGUAUUUAAUGAAGUUAUAAAGAGUUGUUUGUCAUUCCACAUGUCUCUGAAUCACUAAACUGUGAUCUGCAAAUAUGUUGUUUGCAGAUAAUGUCAUUGUGUUAUGGUGGUGUGAACUACAGACGGAGGGCAAGGGGUGAUGUUCUACAUAAGAGGCCCUGUCAAAAUGACUGUCUGGAGUCAUUUACCAUCACGCUAAUCAGUCAAAUGUCAAAAACAGGGAGAUUUUACCAAAUAAACAAGUUGUUCAUAAAGGGAAAAUGCAACAAACUUCACAAUGAAAAACUGCUUGGAAGUUUCAACUGUAUAUUUCAGUUCAACACUUUUACACUCAGAUAAAAAAAACAAACAAAAAACAAACAAAAAACAGGUAAAAUCAGUGCCUCUAACACAUUAGAUUACAUUAAUAGUCACACAAAAGACAUAAAUACAGCAGAAACCACUUUUCGCGAUCAGUCUGUCCAAACUGACUGAUUGAUCAUUGAUAAGGUAAAACCGUGUCAUCUGUCCGUGUCC